UCCCCUCUUUCCCCAACCAGGUGUGACUGCCAUGCGAGCGCUAAACCACACCUCCACGUCUGAAUUCAUCCUCAUCGGCUUCUCCGCCUUCCCCCACCUUCAGCUGGUGUUCUUCCUCUUGUUCCUGCUGAUGUACCUCUUCACGCUGCUGGGGAACCUGCUCAUCAUGGCCACCAUCCGGAGCGAGCGCAGCCUGCACACGCCCAUGUACCUCUUCCUGUGCGCCCUCUCCAUCUCCGAGAUCUUCUACACCUUUGCCAUCAUCCCGCGCAUGCUGGCCGACCUGCUCUCCACCCACCGCUCCAUCGCCUUGGCGGCCUGCGCCAGCCAGAUGUUCUUCUCCUUCGCGUUUGGGUUCACCCACUCCUUCCUGCUCACCGUCAUGGGCUACGACCGCUACGUGGCCAUCUGCCACCCCCUGCGCUACAACGUGCUCAUGAGCCCCCGCGGCUGUGCCUGCCUGGUGGGCUGGUCUUGGGCAGGUGGCUCAGUCAUGGGGCUGGUGGUGACAACGGCUAUUUUCCACCUCACUUUCUGUGGACCCAAUGAGGUCCACCAUUUUUUCUGCCACGUGCCACCUCUCGUGAAGUUGGCCUGUGGGGACAACGUCUCCACUGUGGCCCUGGGCGUGGGCCUAGUGUGCAUCUCGGCCCUGCUGGGCUGCUGUCUCCUCAUCCUCCUCUCCUACGCCUCCAUUGUGGCCACCAUCGUGAGGAUCCCCUCAUCCGAGGGCCGGCACAAGGCCUUCUCCACGUGCGUGUCCCACCUCACUGUGGUGGUCGUGCACUAUGGCUUCGCCUCUGUCAUCUACCUCAAGCCCAAGGGUACCCAGUCUCUGGAAGGAGACACCCUGAUGGGUGUCACCUACACAGUCCUCACGCCCUUCCUCAGUCCCAUUAUCUUCAGCCUCAGGAACAAGGAGCUGAAAAACGCCAUGAAGAAGAGCUUCCUCAGCAAACUCUCCCUCCAGACCUCCUGAAGUGACUGGUUUUGUG